CUGCGCAUCUGUGAAGCGUAUCACUCGUGAACAACCCUGCCCAUCAACCCCCUAAACUCCAGAGUCGCACCCCAGUCGCGCCAAAUAAAGACUCGGUUCCAGUUGCGUCGUUGUUUCGAAUACAAAGACAAAAGAAGAAAGAAGAAGAAAAAGAAGGGGGAAAAAAAACAAAAAAAAAGAGGGAAAAGUUACAACGAAGAGGCGAUAAGUGACGAACGUUGUGAAAGGGUUGACCGAUUAAUUUCACGAGCAUGGAAGAAGGUGGACGACCGAGUAACGGGCGGCAAGAGAGGAAAUGCACUUAUUGGCCAGCGUCUGCGUACUCAUAUUGAUCUGCGGCGGUGGCUGUUGGAGUGUCUACGGGGUGUCUACGGGUGGGACACCACCUGAAACCUGUCCAAAAAUGCAUUUUUGCUCGAGACUCGCGCGAAUUCUACUCAUCUCCGCCGUUUUCUGCGUCGGUCUCUGCUCCGAGGAUGAGGAAAGGUUGGUGCGAGACUUGUUCAGAGGGUACAACAAACUCAUUAGACCUGUGCAGAACAUGACAGAGAAAGUGCACGUGAAUUUUGGCCUCGCCUUCGUGCAACUGAUCAACGUGAAUGAGAAAAAUCAAAUUAUGAAGUCGAACGUUUGGUUGAGAUUUAUUUGGACGGAUUAUCAGUUGCAAUGGGACGAGGCAGACUAUGGCGGUAUCGGGGUGCUCAGAUUACCACCCGACAAAGUAUGGAAACCUGACAUCGUGUUAUUUAACAACGCGGACGGCAACUACGAGGUGCGAUACAAGAGCAACGUGCUCAUCUAUCCGAACGGCGACGUCCUCUGGGUCCCACCGGCGAUCUACCAGAGUUCCUGCACCAUCGACGUCACGUAUUUCCCGUUCGACCAGCAAACCUGCAUCAUGAAAUUCGGUUCCUGGACGUUCAACGGCGACCAAGUCUCCCUGGCCUUGUACAACAACAAGAACUUCGUCGACCUGUCCGACUAUUGGAAGAGCGGCACCUGGGACAUCAUCAACGUUCCGGCCUACCUGAACACCUACAAAGGCGACUUUCCAACCGAGACAGACAUCACCUUCUACAUAAUCAUCAGACGCAAAACCCUGUUCUACACAGUGAACCUGAUCCUGCCGACCGUGCUCAUCUCUUUCCUAUGCGUGCUCGUGUUCUACCUUCCAGCCGAGGCCGGCGAGAAAGUGACUCUGGGGAUCAGUAUCCUCCUCUCAUUGGUCGUGUUCCUGUUACUGGUCAGCAAGAUCCUGCCACCGACCUCGUUGGUGCUCCCGUUGAUCGCCAAGUAUCUCCUCUUCACGUUCAUCAUGAACACGGUCAGCAUCCUAGUCACGGUGAUCAUCAUCAAUUGGAACUUCCGCGGGCCGAGGACCCACAGAAUGCCUCAAUUGAUCAGGAAGAUAUUCUUGAAGUAUCUGCCAACUAUACUGAUGAUGAGGAGGCCCAAGAAGACGCGUCUCAGGUGGAUGAUGGAGAUUCCAAACGUGACGUUGCCCACUUCCACUUACUCGGGUAGCCCGACGGAGUUGCCCAAGCAUCUGCCUAGCUCGUUGACGAAAUCGAAGAUGGAGGUGAUGGAGUUGUCGGAUCUUCAUCACCCGAAUUGCAAGAUCAACAGGAAGGUUCAUCACACAACGAGCAGCUCGAGCGCGGCCGGUGGGGAAGGCCUCGCCGAUAGAAGGGGAUCCGAGAGCUCUGAUUCGGUGUUGCUCAGCCCUGAGGCCAGCAAAGCUACCGAGGCUGUCGAGUUCAUUGCCGAGCAUCUGAGAAACGAAGAUUUGUACAUACAGACGAGGGAAGAUUGGAAGUACGUGGCGAUGGUGAUCGAUCGACUGCAGCUUUACAUUUUCUUCUUGGUGACGACCGCGGGUACCAUCGGGAUCCUGAUGGACGCACCUCACAUCUUCGAGUACGUGGACCAGGAUCAUAUAAUAGAGAUCUACCGUGGAAAAUAAAUUCCGUACAAUCUAGGAAAUUGAAAAGGAAUAAAACGCGUGCCAUCAUCGUAAUUUUCGUUUCAUCCGCUCUCAUAAUAUUCUCUUUUGUAUAAAAUUACGUGUAUUCCUCUCGAGAUAAGGGAUGAAAUUAAUAUUUUUCAAAGCUUUUCCAUUUCAGUAGCCUGUUUCGAGGAAAUUAUUCGAAGAAGAGAUUUUCGAGAGAUUUUCAAAAAUUGUUUCGAAAUGAUGGCGAUGGUGAUAAUGUAACGAAAAGAUCUUUCUUCAUUUUAUAACUAAAGUUUCAAAAAUUAUGAAGGAACGAAGCUCAACAGCACUCGUCGUAUGUAAUCGUCCAAAUUAGUAAAAAAAACUGAAUGAAUUUCAUUCUAUAAUUCAAUCGAUCCAGAUUAUUUUCUUCUAUCGAAACUUAAAUAUCGUAUUAAUUUUAAACAAUUUUCUUGCGCCUCGAAAUUAAUCACGAUUAUAAUUGUCUUCCUUCGAUACAAAACCGAGUGCUGGUUAAACGCAAAUUAAGAAUCCAAUAUUAAAAUUAAUAUCCCAUUGAUCACGCAUUCUAGAUGAGUAAUCGGUUAAUCGGGAAUAAGGAAUAAGCAUAGAGCGUAGACAUCAAAUAAUUUUGAUAUUAAUCGUGCAAAUAAUCGUUGCCAUUAUUGUAAUCUCGCGUUUGAUGAAUCAUCAUCAUGCGAUGCAUCAGAACAUCGAAGGGCCGUGACAACGUUCACGACAGACACAUACGUCUCGAUUUUUCUACUCCAUUAUUCGUUUGGAACAAGUUGGUCGUUGGUUGUAUUUUAAUCCAAAAUUAAUUGCAAAGAAAUUCAAAAAUGGAAAGACGAUCAAAUUUGAUUUCAUCGAAUUUUGAAUUUUCCAGAAUUCGUAGUCUCAAAUUUCUCGAUCGUAUAAAUCAUUGAAAAUAUUUUUAACUAAUUUUAUAAACCUCGAAAUUUUAAAAAUUUUUCAAAUCAAACUUUAAAAUUCCAAUAUUAAAACAUUUAAUAUUUCGAUACCGAUGCGAGCCACAACUUUUUCCAAAUUUCUCACUUUUUCAAACAGACACUCUUACGGAGAUUUCUCGAAAAAAAAAGAAAGAAAGAACGAUAAGAAAAAUUGAAUCGUCACAACUCCUGACGUCACAGCGGAAGCGCACAUUAUAAGCACAAUGUCACGGCCCUGCGUACGUAAUCGUUAAUAAAGAUGAAAGAGAGGAGAAAAAGAAAGAAGCGAAGAAAAAUAAGAAAAUAAAAUAUCAUAUACGAAUAUAUGAUACCCACGCUAUAAUAUACAGAAGAUUGUUAAAACGGUCAUGUUUUCUCUAAUAGAAAGUUUUGCUCCAUUACGCAAAGGGUGUUUGUGGUUACCGAUUUAACGAAACGUUGAUUUUCAAUCAUAUGUAUCGCCUACAGUUGUGCCUCGCGGAUUAUCCCAAUUGUUAUAUGUGAUUAUCCCAAUUGUUACUGUAUAUAAUAUACGAACUUUUCGACUUUAAUUUCGAUUAGAAUCUCUAUUGUCCACCGAUGGAAAUGUCUAAAUAUUAUGUUGUUGCAGAUUAAAGAGAGAUUUUUAAUCCUUUAAAGUUGCCUUUGUUGUCGUUUCAAAAUAUGUAAUUUAUGAAAGAUUUAUAUUUAUAUUUAUUACAUGAAUAUGAUGAAAGAGUUUCACAUUUCGAUGAAAAAUAAUUUGAAAAUCAUUCAAAUUGAUUUUAUUAAUGAUCUGUUGAUUCAUUGCCAAUUAAUUUAGUUUUUCAUACACGAAUGGCAGUUCGUUCUUUUAAUAUUGCAAUUUUAAAAACUCUUUAUCUUUAGUAUUAUCAAUCGAAACGUGUGAAUGAAGCAUUUGAAUUUAAUGUUAAAGUAUAUUUUAUUAUAAUACAUAAUUUAUAUGCAAUAUUAUUAAGAAUUUAUAUUUUCUCUUACUAUUUAUAAUUGCAACACGAUAAUUCAACGAUACUACAAUGAUAUAAUGCACGAUUGAAAUUUACAUUUAACUAGUUUCAAAUUGUCAAAUUCUAAAUGAUUAUAUAUAUAUUAUAUAUAUAUAUUUGUAAAAUAGGACAUAUGCAACAACCUAAUAUUAUCGAACAACAUUCGCUUCUUUUCGAAUCGAAAUACUUCUAAAUUUGAUUAAUAAGAAACAGUUCAUAAAUCGCACGUCGUUUUCAUAAUUUUAUACGUGAAAGACAAAAUAAAUCGUAAAUCAAUUCUGAAUCUUCCAAAGAAAAAAAGGAAUUAAAAAAGACCCGAACUUUUACAAUCUUCUAAACGAUCAACAGUAGAAGAUAUCUUCUAAAUACGAAAAAGAUAAUUUCAUCGGAGUUCGGGUUAUGGGUGGAAAUAAAAGAGAAUACGAGACCCAUGUUUUAACAAAAUUCAUCGUUGAACGUUUGUGAUUCGUUGUCCUCGCUUGUAUGAAUAUAAAUCCUGAUGUGUAUGAGAUAUCAUUCGAGAUUUAGAGUAACGUUAGGGUGACACGUGUCUUCCUUGAACGAGAUACAAUAACUAGAAUUUAGUCCCCCGUGAAGUGGAGUAAUUAGAUAAUGCUUGUUCAUUUCUAUACAUUUUAAUUCUAUAUAUUUUAUAGCGUUGUUCACUCGAGAAUAUGCGAAGUAUGCAUGUGUACGAGAAUCACAAUGAGACGAUUUUAAAUGAAGAUUUUUACGAGACGAUUGAACGUUUCAAUCAUUGAAUUGAAUCGUCCAUAUAUUAUUACUUGUACAGGAUGUAUGACGAGAUAUAUUUGAGAGAUAUCUUCAGAGGAUCGAUUCUAAAACGAAAAAAGUUGUAAAAGUACAAAAAUGUUGGUCGAGAUUGGUUUAUUUGUCGAGUUAGGAGAUUAAUUGAAGUUUGAAUUGGAACAUCUUAUUAUUCUCAAAUAUGUCUCACGAAUAUAUCAACAUUCUGUGUAUUAAAUUGAUUUCAUUAUAAGUAAUUAAGAAAUAUUUUGAAGAAGAGAAAGAUUAAUUUGGCCUUAGAGUUUUAUGUUUCUUCUUUAAAUCUUUGUUUAAGUAAAAUGAAUGAAAUUUAAAAAAGAUUACGAUAUAGAAAUGCAAAGAGAGAUAAUUUUUUUUUGAAUUUUUGAUUGGAAAAUUUGUAAGAUGAGUUAACUUUUGUUUUAUAAAUUCUUUUUUUUUCUUGAAAAUUUUCUCCUCAAUUGCAAAUCAAAAUAAAAAAUUUUGCAACUUGCAUCUUCGAUUAACCCUAAAGUAAAUUGGUACAAAUACAUUUUCUUUGUAUAUCUUUACUUUUAAAUUAUAAUGUGUUCAAAUUGAUAUUAUAAAUACUUCUUCUAUAAGAUUAUAAAAGAAAAGAAAAAGAUAAUAUCAUUUUAUACGUAUAAAUUUUUUUAAAAAUAUAAUGCUAUUAUAUAACGUUAUUGUUCGUUAUUAUUGUAUAUUGUACACUUUGAAUUUUUAAUAUAUUUUUUAAGUUUCUUAUUAAACAAUUUAAACAACUUUUAAUGUACUCUCCUGUUCAUAAGUCAUACACGAUACAAUUAAAUACAAUAUUUAUUAGAAUUACAUUUAAAAAUAUAAUUUAAAUUUUCCGAAUAAGUAUAAACUUAAUUUAUUCUACAAGUAUUUUAGUUAUUCUAGGUGUUCUCUCGUCUUAUGAACGUAUAUAGUACAUUGAAAUAAUGAAUUUUAAAAAGUAAAUUAAAUUUUCAUUUAAUAAAAUCGAAAUUAAACGAAUAGAAUAUUCUUUUUCUAUAUGAUAUAAAAAACUGUAAGAAUGUACUCUCAUUGAUUCUCACGUGUAGCAAUUGGAAGCUUAUUCCACUCCAACUAUAAAUCUAGUUAUCGUUAAAAUUAAAUGUCUAAGGGAAAUCAUUUUAUCAGCGUUACAACAAUCAAACCGUACCGUAUUGAAAUUUAUCGCACAAAAAAGGCGUGAAUACCGCUAAUUAGAUAAACAUUUGAACAAAUUUCCAUUAAUUUCUUCCAUUUUUUAAUGCAUAUUAUCUUAGCGGACAGUUGCAUCGUUAAUUUUUGAAUAUACAUAUAUUCCUAUCGCUCAUCUGUAUUUAGACAAAUAUUUAGACCGUUUCUUAAUUCAGCUAUUAGAUAUAAUUUCAUUCAUGUAGAUUUAAUAUAUAUGAAUAUACAGGAUGUUUCGUAAUUUUUCGACCAACAUUGUAGAACAAUAAAUUGCGAGUGACAACUAAAAUUAUAAUAUGGAUGUUUAUGUAAAUUGAAAUUCACAAUAUGCAUUCUACUUUGGUGCAUUUUAUACAUGUUCACAUAUUCAAAUGUUUCAUAAAUUCAUAAAAAUUCACAAUCUACUUAUAACAAAAUAGGCUGAAUAUGCGUGAACAAUAAAUUCUGCAUUAAAGUGCGAAAUUUAUUUGAAAAUAAAAACCAACAUAAGAGAAAUAACAAUUAGCGAGAGUUUGCAACAAGAGUCCAUUUAUAAAAGUUGCUCUCGAGAGUGUUAAAUGUAUUUGUACGUUUAGAUAAAAAUCCCGAAAUGAAAAUUUAAAUAUUACGAGCAAUUUAUACAACAUAAGUUAUGCUCCUGCAGUUUUGCCAGAAAAAUACGAGACACCCUGUAUAACCGUAUACUUGAUAAGAAAUAUCUCAAAUUAUAUACAUAUAUCGUAUAAUAAAAAAUCAUUAAAGCACUAGUUCAAAUUAAGUAUGAUAAGUUGAUUAACAACGUUAUUAACGGUUCUCUGAAUUCCAAUUGUUUUUUCUUAUGAAAUUUUUAACAUUUAACGUUAAACAUUUGCCAAAUCGUUUGAAAAGAAUAGAAAAAAAAAAAAAAAAGAAGAACGUUCGAUAGAAUUUUUGAAACGUUCGAAAAAUUAUCACGAACACAAUGAUCACGUUAUAUUGAAAAUAAUAAGGAGAAAUGUUUUUCGAAUGAGUUAGUACGACGUAAAGUGUUCGAAGAAAGGAAAUUGUUAAGAUUUGAAACACGAUUGGAAUACUCUCUUGUCUACUAGAGAAAAGGAUGAUCGUAAUAGCGAAUGUAUAUUAGUUUAUCUUGUUUAUCGCAUUACGUAUAUAAAUAAUAUAUAAAGGAGAUGGUAAGAGAGAAUAAGAGAUAUUGUUGAGCCGAGAAGAUUUGUACUUUAUUAUCUUGCAUGAGAAACGUUGCCGCGAAUAUGUUUAUGCGAAACAUUGAUUUCUCAUUAAAAUAGACGUAACAUUAAGAUAGAUUGAUAGAUAGUUCUUUUUAUAAGGAAAUAAAGAUUAUUAAAAAUGAAA